AUGCAAGACCCUCAAGUGCUAACGUAUAUGGAACAUCACGAUUUAAAUAAAUUGUUUCCAGAACUCGAAGGUGCGCUGCUUCGUUAUCAACCUUCAGAUCCUUACGAAUUUAUUGUCGGUUGUGUGCGAUCUAUUCAACAAAAGAAGAGAGAGUCUCGAGACUCGCCUUUGUACUCGCAAUUGUUUGAAGAGUACGCUACCCAAAACUUGGAACUGAACAGUGUUGCUGGCACUCAACGAAACGUACCAUCAACUACUACUUCCGGGCAAAUCUCGGAGCCAAGUAAUAAUCAUAAUAGAAGAAAGCGUCAACGUUCUGAAGAGGAUACAUUAAUGGAGAUCAGAACACCGCCCUACUUUACCACACAUCAUCCUCCAGGGCAAAACUUUGAUCAGUAUGUAUCUCAUCAACACACUGACGAAACCCUUGUUCAUCAUCGACGAACGACGUUACCUCCUUCACCACCGAACAACCAUCAAUUACCUCAUACCGCGCGAAACAAUCAUUCCCGUGUCCCAACCCCAAGGAAGGGACGUCGUAUGUCUGUCAGUGCCGAAUCCAUCAAACCAACAGCCAAUCUUGAUGAACGUCCAAUUAUUUAUAAAUCCGAUGAAGCAAAAAAACGAAUUGAUGAAGCUACUACUCUCAACCUGUUGUUCAAAAAUCUCGAUCGCGAAACAAAGCAACAUGUUGUUGAUGCAAUGUUCGAAAAACCCGUAGUGGCAAAUGAAAUCGUAAUUAGGCAAGGUGACGAAGGAGACUAUUUUUAUGUUAUUGAACAUGGUAUAUUCGAAAUCUUUGUCAACGGUCAAUUAGUUUUAGAAGUUGGAAAUGGAGGUAGCUUUGGAGAACUCGCUUUAAUGUACAAUACACCACGUGCCGCAACAGUAAGAGCUAAGACAGGCGGAACCUUAUGGGCUGUUGGCAGAGAAACAUUUUUACUUACCAUCACUAGCAGCGUUUAUCGAAAACGUUCAGCUUAUGAAGAAUUUCUAAGAUCCGUUUCGUUCCUUACAACAUUAGACCAGUCCGAAUUUUCCAAACUUGCUGACGCAUUAGAACCUAAUAUUUUUGAGGAUGGUGAUACCAUCAUAAGCCAGGGCGAUCCUGGUGAAUAUUUUUAUAUAAUCGAACAAGGUACAGUUAAUGUCAGUAAGAUUACCGAUACGGGAACUGAACAACAAUUGCCAAGUCUUACUGUUGGCGACUAUUUUGGUGAACUCGCACUUAUCAAUGAUCAACCACGCAAAGCAACUGUUGUUUCAAGAGGUUCCGUACGUUUAGCAGCUCUCAGAAGAGAUGCAUUCGUUCGUCUUUUAGGACCUGUUAUGGGAAUUUUUCGUAGAAAUGCCGCAGAAUAUAAUAUGCACCAACAAAACUCUACUGGUCAAACACGUCAGGAAUCUGGCGAAAAUCACGUGUCAUCUCAAAUCGGAAGUGAUGAAAUUAUGGCAGUCGACGAUGAACCCAGCCCAGUCAAUAGUACGCGUUCGAACAAAAAAAGCGGGUACAGUGGGGCUGGCGGGGUAGAUGUGUUGUAA